AGUUAUUUCUGCUUUCUGUGUUUCAUUUCGAGCCUGUCAAAUUGCUAAUUAAAUUGGUCAAAUAAUGGAUGUCAAAACAAAAACAUUGAAAAGAAAAAACUGCAGAUAAACCUUUGUGCAAAUAUGGUUCUUCCUGCUAUAGAAAGAAUCCAGAACAUUUAAAGAGUUUUUUUCAUCCUGAGCAUGGUGACAGUAAAAAGAAAUCCUCUGAAACUGUUAACGAUACAAAUGCCACAAGACAAAUGCAAAAUGACCGUGAUGAUGCAGAUAAUCCAAAGGAAGCUCUUUUAAAAAUUAUAAAUGCGUACAAUAAUAGCCGCCAAGAGGACUCAAAGUUACCAGUUACUCCAAAGGUUCAAUCCACUGUGGGCCAGCGCAGACCAUAUUCUGAAUUUUUAUCUCCAGUACCAAAUAAAACUGAACAGAAGCAACCCCUUCAAAAAGUUGUAGAGCCAAAAAGCAAUGGAUUUUUAGGAGAUUCUCUGAAUAAGAAAAGUGGAGAAACUGUUGAAGAUAUCUUGAAACUCAUGCCUCCUGAUUUUUUUGAUUUCUGGAAUUUUUGCUCUACUAUAAACAAAGCAAAACCUGAAGAUGCAUUUGCAGAAAUUGGUUUUCACCUAGUUGGAGUCUAUGAUUUGCUGGCAAAGAAAGUUCCGAAGACGAAAACGGUGUAUCUGCACUGCCAUUGGCGAUAUUACUAUGAUCCCCCUGAAUUUCAAACUAUUAUCAAACUAGAUGGGGAUGACCUAUUUCAUAUUGGAUAUUUCAGUGAUGAUCCAUCUGAAGUGCCUCGGAUACUGGCUUCAAAUAAGGCAAACUCAGGAGCAAAACUAACUUUGAUGGGUGACAAUGUAUUUGCUGCUAUGAAUUCUGCCCUUUCAAAGGUAUUGAAUCGAAUAAAUGAAAAAAAGCUGAAAGAAAAGUUCUUGAACAUUCAACGUGAUUUACAAGUAUUUGCAAAGAAAAAAAAGUAUUCCUUAGGAAACAAUAACGAAAAAACUAAAAAUAGACAAAAAAGGGUUGUGGCAAAAACAUUUCAUUCUCUUGGAAUUGUUGUACCGAUUGUACGUGAUGUUGGAUAUAGAUGUUUAAGUGAAACUGAUGCUUCAUUAAAAAGGGCUCUGAAUAAAAUUGUGACUGCUAAAGAUGUGAAGACAAAGGAAGAAAAUGAAAGCAUUUUAUUUGAUGUCAUCCAUAAUGUGCACUUAGCCAAUGAUGAAUGUGAUUUUGGCACAGGACUUGAGCUGGGGAUUGAUUUAUUUUGUAAUGGAGAUCCAUACUUUCAUCCAAAUAUACUUCGCUUCUUGCCUUUAGCUUAUUAUUUAUUGAAACGUAACAAAUUUGGGGAGAUAGUUCAUGCCCACCUUAAAAACCGAAAAACUGGUGAUGAUCUGGCUGAUGCUGAUUUGUGAUUUUUUUUUAAAAAAAUGUAUGUACUUUUAAAUUAGUAGCCUUUUUUAAUGUUUGUUUUUACUGAGAAAUGUGUAGAUAUUCAAUGUAUUUUUAUAUAUAUUUUUCCCAUAUUUGAAAUGUGGAAACACAAAAAUACAUUAUAUAUUUUUAUUUGUAAAAAUCAUUAUCAUUUAUUUUUAAAUA